AUGAUUCGAUUAUCUUCUUCAAACAACCGUUUGAUUACUGAGGAGUUAGAUUUUGAUAUGAACAGUCUACAACAAGAAUCUCAUCAACUACUUGAUUCAUUAACAAUUGAACAACGAUCAGUUUUUGAUGAAAUCAUGACAGCUGUUAAACAGAAAAAAGGAGUGCUUUCUAAUAUAACUACCAACAUUCAAACACCUUCAUCAACCAAGUUUGUCAAUAUUGUUGGUAACAAUGAAAAUGUCAGCCCAACUUUGUCAUGUGGAUAUCAGCAAACACGGGUUCAGUCUAUUUCGAAUAUUUAUAUCGACAGUCCAUUGUCGAACAAGGCUAAAGAUAAACGAAAAGAAAGGAAAAUUUAUUUGGAUACAAGAAGAUCCAAUCACAUGUCCACCGUACCAAUCGGUAAUGUUGGUCGUGAUCAACAACAUUUUCAAUAUGCUUCUGAUUUUUUUACAAGAACUCCGUUGUCCAACAUUUCGAAUGUAAAUGCACAAUAUUCUACCUUGUCCGGUGACAUGAGAGCUACGAAUUCAUCUUCAGUCACUCAAGCUUCUUCCAGCAAUUUAUCAUGCAGAAAACUAAAUAGAAAAAGAAAGAUUCCAAAUAUAUCUCAGAUACCCAUUUUGGACCUAACAUCAGAUGAAGAUUUACGUGAUCAACAAAUCCGUCAACAGUUAAUAUCAGAUUACUUGGACCAUGGUGACCAGACAUUUGUGUGUACGAUGUGUCAUGCACAAUUAUGGACAUAUGAAGCUCUUAAAGGCAAUACUUCCGGAAAGAAAACUUCUUAUUCCAUGUGUUGUGGUAACGGAAAAGUCGAGCUUCCUCAAUUAAAACAAGCUCCAACAAAUUAUCAAAAUCUCUUUCGUAAUGUUGAUCCAAAAGGAAAAAAUUUCAUGAAGAAUAUUCGUCGAUUCAAUUCGAUGUUUUCCUUUACUUCAAUGGGUGGAAAAGUUGAUUCUUCCAUUAAUAGGGGCAAUGCUCCAUAUGUUUUCAGACUUAGCGGUCAAAAUUACCAUUGUAUGGGAAGUCUUUUACCUAUAGACGGAUCCAAACCAAAGUUUUCACAACUAUACAUAUAUGAUACUGAAAAUGAAAUAACAAAUAGACAACGCGCUUUCAGUACACAGAACGAAGGUUGCACAUCAACUUCUCAUUCUCUUGAUAUUGAAAUCAUUAGAUUUUUGAAGGACAUGUUGGAUUCGACCAAUGAGUUGGUUAAGUGUUAUAGAAUGGCCAGAGACUGUUUUGAUGAAAAUCCUCAUAUAGAUCUAAAGUUACGUCUUAUAGGAAGAAGGCAACAAGAUGGAAGGACAUAUAACUUACCUACUGCUUCUGAGGUUGCUGCUUUAAUUGUUGGUGACAUUGGCGAUGCAAUUGAUAAUAGAGAUAUCAUCGUAACAACUAAAUCAGGAAGUCUACAACACUUAAAGAAGAAGAGGUUAUUGGGUUUGGUCAAAGCAGUUGUUUAUACGGUGGAGUUUCAAAAGCGCGGUCUGCCUCACGCACAUAUAUGUUUAUUCAUGCACCCUGAUUACAAACUCCCUACUGUUGAACAUAUUGAUCGAGUUAUUUCGGCAGAAAUUCCAAACAAAGAUGAUGAUCCAGAAUUGUACUCACUUGUCAGUGAGUUCAUGAUGCAUGGUCCAUGUGGUUCUGAUAAUCCAAAAUGCCCAUGCAUGAGUGAAAACAAGUGUUCGAAAAACUUCCCGAAGCCAUUCUUGGAGAAUACUUCCGUUGAUUCAAAUGGUUAUCCUAUGUAUAGGAGACGUAAUGAUGGAUCUUUUAUAGAAAAGUCAGGUGUUAAGUUAGACAACAGAAGUGUUGUUCCAUAUCACAAAACCCUUUUGAAACGAUAUCAAGCUCAUAUUAAUGUUGAGUGGUGCAAUCAAGCGGCUUCCAUCAAAUAUUUGUUUAAAUAUAUUAACAAGGGUCCUGAUCGGGCUACUGUUGAAGUUGCACAAAACAACAACGGAGGUGAUAAUGAUGAUGCUCCGGUUGAUGAAAUAAAGAACUACUAUGAUUGUAGGUAUUUGUCUGCGUGUGAAGCUUCGUGGCGUAUAUAUGGAUUUGAUGUUCAUUACAGAUAUCCUUCAGUUGUAAGGCUUCCGUUCCAUCUUCCUGGAAAACAAAAUGUUGUAUACGGAGCAGAUGAUGAUAUUGAAGAUGUCCUCAACAAACAAUCUGUUUCUUCUUCGAUGUUCUUAUCUUGGAUGAGCUGUAAUGAACAUAAUGAGGAUGCACGAAAACUUUCUUAUGUUGAGUUUCCUACAAAAUUUGUAUGGAAACAAGAAGAUCGUUGUUGGGAGCCAAGAAAGAAAGGGUUUUCUAUUGGGAGGAUUCACACAGUUUCACCUAAUCUCGGUGAAGCAUAUUUUUUGAGAAUUCUUUUAAAUAAAGUCAAAGGUCCAAAAUCAUUUCCAGAUAUUCGUACAGUUAACGGACAAGUAUGUCCUACUUUUAGGGAUGCAUGUUAUGCUCUUGGACUUUUAGAAGAUGAUAGAGAAUAUAUUGAUGCCAUCGAGGAAGCAAGUCAUUCAGGAUCUGGUUAUUAUUUACGGUUUCUAUUUGCAACUAUGUUAAAGUCUAAUAGUUUGUCUAAACCGUGUUAUGUUUGGGAAAAUACUUGUCAAUACUUAUCCGAUGGAAUUCUCUACAAUCAACGAAUAAGAUUAAAGUCUCCAGGUUUAUCCCUUAAUGACGAUCAACUUAAAAACUUGACGCUAUAUGAGAUUGAAAAAAUUCUACUCCAAAACAAUUCAAGCCUUAAAGAUUUUGUUGGGAUGCCUUACCCUGAUCAUGAUUCGAUAUCUUCUUCAAACAACCCGUUUGAUUACUGA